AUGACUUUUCAUCCUAAUUGUCUUCCUGACCUGACUGGCAAAGUCUACAUUGUGACCGGAGGGACUUCUGGAAUUGGAUAUCAUACAGUAUACAAUUUGGCCAAGCACGGCGCCCAUGUCUACAUCUGCGCACGCAAUCGAGACAAAGGUUCGGCUGUCAUCAGCGAGAUAAAAGCCAAAGCCCCUGGUGUUUAUAUUAGCUUGUUGGAAAUAGACCACUUGUCUAUCUCGUCCGUGGUAUCAGCUGCCAAGCAAUUCAUCUCAAAAGAGAGCUUGCUACAUGGACUCAUCAACAAUGCUGGCAUAAUGGCUACCCCAUUUGAGAUGACACCGGACGGAUUUGAAGCCCAAUGGCAAACAAAUUACUUAGCACAUUGGGUUUUCACCUAUUAUCUUUUACCUCUCCUAUUAAAAACAUCCAAAAUUUGCCGGCCGGGCACAGUCCGCAUUGUCAACUUGGCCUCAUCCGGUCACUUUUCUGCUCCGAAGGGAGGCAUCGAUUUCGACGAUACUAGCCUGCAGAAUGAGACUGGUAUGACAAGAUAUGGGCAGUCUAAACUUGCAAAUGUCUUGCAUAUAAAAACAUUGAACAAGCUCUAUGGCCCCGCCUCACCUAGUUCCAGUGCUGGAAAUGGAGAGGUUUGGGUCUCUGCUGUACACCCGGGCCUGGUGGACAGUAAUCUAGGCAUACGAGCUGUUGAGAUCCCAAAGUUGAUGAAGAUUAUCAUUUCAUUAUAUGGGGCACUGGGCGGUCGGACUGAUGCAGACAAGGGCUCUUGGACAAGUGUGUUUUGUGCUGCAAGCCCGAUGAUGAAGCAGGAACAGAGUGGCGAAUACUUUCAGCGAAUUGCCGAACCGGGGUGGCAAAGUAAGCUUGCAAAGGAUCUGAAUCUUGCAGAGAAGCUUGAGGAGUGGACAUAUCAGAAAAUGGAAGGGGGUGGCUGGUUGUAA